AUGAGUAAUAUCACGUUCUGUCUACCUGCCGCGCUGCAGCUUGUGAUGCCUCCCUACAGGGAAGUGUCGCAGAACGUGCCGUCCGCUGACACCCUCGGCGACUGCACAGGUGAGCGUGGAGUGUUUACCGAGGUGAAAACGGCACCCCGUGUCUGUCUCCAUGAGCCGCUGACGUUGGUGCAGUCCCUACUCGCGCACGUGGCAGACAAGGAGCCCGAGCACGAUGAGACGGAGUUUUUCGACGCUGCUCGCGUGUACGUGGCGCUGCGCCACCGCCUUAACCACGUUGAUGCCGCUUACAGCAGCGGCAAACGUGCGCAAGCCUCGAAGAAGUGA